AGCCGCUUGAACGCGACUGGAAUGCCCGAACAUGCUGUCUAGGUAGGCAGCUCACUAGGCUUUGACACGCAGCCUCAGUCUUCCUGUCUCAGGCUACCAGAAGAGCUCGACACACCGUUCGACACAAGACCAUUCUCCUACUUGAUUAAGUUCAACUAAGAAUUUCAAGAUGCUGUCUCAGAGAAUUUGGAACUCCACUGUCCCGUUCUCCCACAUGGAUCAAAGUGAUAGCAAAGCUCUAAACUGCCUCGGCUCGAACUUGGUCUCUCACACAGAGAGCAAAGAAGGAGAGCUGGACAAAAUGGAUCUGUUGAAAAAUACCUUCCUCUGGAAGGUCAUGUAUCAGGGAACUGCCAAACAUGAGUGGAGACACGGGACAGAGAAACAUUCCAUUAUUGCACAGGCAGAAUGUGAGUCCCAGGAUUCGCAGGAGUUCUGCCCCAAUGGCAGCCACAAAAAUGGGCCACGUGUUAUCUCCUCCACAUCGCCUGUUGGCUCCGUUUCUCGCAGUCGGCCCAGAAAGAAACGUCGUAAGAGACAGCGGUGGAGACAGGGUGAGAAGGACAGUCGAUCGAGCGAGUUCGUGGGAGUCACUGGAGUGCCGGAGCAGGACAGCGGCGAGUGCCUGUCGUCAUCUCUCAUUCAGGUUAGAGACCCAGUGUGCAUCAGCAACAGUAGCAGUACAUACAGCAGCAGUGGCCUCAGCACGGAGAGGGUGUCCGUGCAGGAAACAGAGGGUCCGUCGUACCAUCAGUGGGAGACCUCCUGUCAAAGCUAUGCGCUAGAGAGUGAGGAGCUGAAGUCUCCACUGAGAAGCAAGUUCGAAUUCCUGGCUGUUACGGCCCUGAGGGACUAUGUUACAACCGAAGAUCCCUGCUUUGCAUAUAGCUUUUUCAAAGAUGUGCUGAGAGAGGAGAGGGAGAGAGAUGAGGACGAAAGAGAGGAGAGCGACAAGAACGAAGGGAUCCUGUUCAAAGAGGGGCUACAACCGGUGAAUUAUGAGUACAGAGAGGGACGGGAGUACGAACGCUGUCGAUUUGUCAAGCAGGGUUCCUUUGGAGAGGUCUACAGCAUUAAAGACAAAGGCACUGGGUUCAUGUGUGCUGCCAAAAAGGUGCCGUUGGUGAGUUUCAGCAGUGAGGAGGUGGGCUCGUGGAGUGCCCUGCAGUCUCCUCAGGUGGUGGAACUUUUUGGGGUGGUUCGUGAAGGUCUGUCCAUCAUCCUCUUCAUGGACCUCAAAUCCAGUUCUCUAGGACAGCUGGUGGAGGAACGAGGCCGCCUGCCAGAGGAUCUGUCCCUGCACUACCUUCAGCAAGUACUGGGGGCGCUAAACCACCUGCAUAGGAAACGCGUCCUUCACCUGGACAUCAAAGCGGAUAACGUUUUGCUGUCAGAAGAUGGGAAAGAUGCGUUCCUGUGUGACUUUGGGCAUUCAGAGAGAUUAGGCAAACAAGGGCUUAGUGAGGGUCAGGGGCUGAAAGGCACAGAGACCCAUAUGGCACCUGAGGUGGUGCUCAAUGAGCCCCGCUCUUCAAAAGCAGACAUCUGGAGCAGCUGCUGUAUGCUUCUGCACAUGCUCAAUGGCUGUCAUCCAUGGACACGCUACUAUUCCCGCCCACUCUUCCUCAAGAUAGCAACAGAGCCUCCACCACUAAGGGAAAUCCCACGUGACUGCAGUUCCAAUACGGCUAAUAUAAUAAAAGCAGGACUGCAGAAAGAUCCAAUCAAACGAGCUUCUGCCAAGGAACUCGCCGUUAAAACUGCUAAAGCACUUAAAGAAGUCGGGGGACUUCGCAGCCCUGUGAAAGGAGGAACCUAUAAGAAGCCACUGGGAAAGCCAGAGAAAUCAGACCCCGCCCAUUCAGCCACACCCACCCCAUCCCACCUCGCCACAUCUUCUCAUAACUCUAAGCUGCAGUGGAUGAGCUCAGAGCAGAAGAAAGAGGGUGAUGAUGGGGAACGUAAUGACAAACCACACAGGGUAAAGCAGAGGAAAAACGCAGAGGAGACAAGAAACGAUGACCACUCUCCUCCGAAAUCACUGCGUCACAUUCAGGCGACUUCACCUGAGCUGCCAAUCAUCAAUAAAACCAAGCCAGAACAAGAGAUGCGGAGACUGGAGAUAGAUUUUUUCCUGAGUAGUCUCUCCCAGCCUCAUUCUGCUGAGAUACAGGAGCAGCUGCUCUCUUGUCUCAGUAGCGACUGCCUCUCCACUAGAGAAUACGGCGACAAAAAGGAUUCAGGACGUUGGUCAGUCGGCGCUGGCGAUGACGACAGCUCAGGCGUGUUUUCCUACAACAGCCAAGAUGUCCAGAGCUUCAGCAGGGACUGGCUCGCCCCCACGCAUCAACCUCCGCCCCGCUGCUUUGAGGGGGUGGAUGUUUAUAUCAGGGACUUUGAUGGGAAAUGUUUUCAUAUUCGGGAGACGCCCAGGGUGAAAGUAGGCCACAUCGCAAGAGGAAUCAGCGAUCAGAUCUCAGAGAACGUGUUCAGUAUGCAAACAGAGGAUGGUUGCAUGGUGCCCCAUGACAAAGAGGUCCUAGAGAACGGCCUGUUUCUGCGUUGUGUCCCUGCCCCUGACUCCUGCCACUAUCGUCAGUAUGGACACAAGCCUUGCUGCACCCUCGCCCCCGACUGCAAACUACCGUGGAGCUGGAGGAUCAGGGAGGGGGUGCUGGAGACGAGAGACUGACCUCUCCAUCCUCAAUCCGUUUCUGUUCCAGUCAAAAUACCUUUGCAUUGAAGUUGAACUGAACUUGUAUUCAUGAAUCUCAUCUGUUAAACUUUCGAGCCAUUGUCAUAUUAUUGGUUUACAUUCUUAUUAUUUUGAAGUAGUUUUAACCGACUAUGCAGGUAUUUUUUGUGCCGUGUUGUGAAGAUCAUCAUGGGCCUUCAUGGAGUCAUUUCAUGAUUAACGGCAAGAUUGAAAGGCCUUUAGUCAAUCAAGUGUAUGCUUUAAACCUUAAGCACUUACGAAUUAGUUUACAAUGUCAAUAUGGUUGAGCUGUGGGACAUUAAGAUGCACAUCAAAAUUCAAAAUAAUCACUGAUCUCCUCGCUAUGAAUGGUUUAUCUGCAUUUUAAAGAUUCAAUAAAAACUAAUUCUUUA